CAAAAUUCGAUCUUUGCUCGUGAUCAUUAAAGUAUUAUGUAAGAGUUUGAUUGAUGGCAUUAGAUUCCGCAGGUGGUGGGCUUCCUCCUCCUCUCCCUCUUCCCCUUGUCCUCUCCGCUCCACCGAAGCGUGACCCGACCACCACCAUCCUCUUGGACCCGUUCGGCUGUGGGCGGUCGACGGUGGUCGGCUCUUGGACCCGUUCCGCUUCGGCUGCUACGAGCUCGGCUGCCCUCUUUGGACUCUAGCUGAUGGGGCAUUAAGCUCCCGGGCAUCAUCCGGCAUAGCUCCUCCCUCUCUUCAAUCCAUUCCCAUUUCUCCACCCUCCUUCGGGUGUGGCGCACGCCGCAGUAAAGUACCAUUAUCUUCGACUUCAAAAUUUGCCCCACAUUUUUGUUAGACAUGGAUGAUCGUGUGGGUAAGAGAGCAGCUGGGGAAGACAGUAGAUCUGGCAUUGUUUUCAGAGAUCAAAAUUAUAAUGAUCGAAAUAUUCAGUAUCGCAACAGACUAGGGUUGGGUGCCGGGCAUGACACCGAGAGAGGUUCUCUAAAUAGCACGCAAGGAAAAUAUAAAUAUGCAAGGGCUCCCUUCCGUUCCGUGAACUGUAAAGCGGUAGCCGGAAGGUCUUCCAGAUCAUCUUCCACUUCUAGUGGCUGUGGUAGGUCUUUCCAGGAACAGCAGAAUCAAACAUUACUAAGGGAAUCAACUACUCCUGAAAGUAGCAGCAAGCAGGAUGAGAUUGAGGAUUUGAUCAACACUGACGUACAGGUUUCUGUAGAAAAUCUAAAUUCUGAUGCAGAAAGGGGGAUAGAAGGUAAAGAAGGUAUUCCCACUACCAUGGAGUGUUUUGAACCUUUAGAUUCUCAAAAUAUUUCUAGAGAUACAACCGAGUCAAACACCAGUGUAUCAAUUUCAAAACCGCACAAACAAAUUAAUGGACAAUUUGGCUCAGGAUAUAAAUAUGCUUCUACAAGCUCUUUUGUUCGGCACUCAGGUAUUACACAUAGGAACUCCAGUCAUGUUGGUAAACCCACUUCUCAAAGGUUGGGCUCUGGGGCAGAGAGAUAUGGUCUUAAAAGUUUAAGUUGCAAAUCAAUAUCAGAUGUUUUUCCUGCAGAUUGUCCAUCCUCUGAUUUCACACAUCAUAGAAGUGUUUAUGCAGUAAGAAAGAGACCAUCAGAUGGAGAAAGUUCUGCCGCCAGAAGAAAGGAUACAACCGCAGCAUCCUGUGGAGGCUAUGCUGUUUCCAUGCAUUCUGGUGCCUGCUCAAGUUCAUCUAGUAGAAAUCAAGUAAUGCAUCAGGCAGUUUCAAGAAAGACCGGAAAUCGACCAACCCUCAGGGAUGAUUCAGUUUCAGUUAGAAUUCAGAGGGAUCCUAUUGGAGAAAGUCAAAUGAGGCUAUCUGUGCAAGGCAAUGACAAGAGCCUUCGGUUGUAUGAGCCUAUUGUGAUUCCCCAACAUCAGCAGGCCCAAUUUUCUAUGCCAGAAGUACUAGCUGAAAGUUCUUCAAGAUCAUCACAUGCCUUAAAUAAUUCGUAUAGACAACCAUGUUCAAGCAUCCGGACUUCUCGAAGGAGAGUAGUAGAUCAUCCUCCAAGUAAUGCCAUGCAAACGUUCUUUGGCUUAUUGGAAGAUAGAGAUGGGUAUCGUCACCUCAACAUGGAGGGAGUUGCAGAGGUGCUCUUGGCACUGGAGCAGAUUGAACAAAAUGAAGCAUUGACAACUGAGCAAUUGUUGAUGUUGGAGACAAGUUUGCUCUUUGGUGAGCUUAGCUUCCAUGAUCAGCAUAGAGACCUGAGAAUGGACAUUGAUAAUAUGUCCUAUGAGGAACUGUUAGCACUUGAGGAGAAAAUGGGUACUGUAAGCACAGCCCUUUCAGAGGAGCAAUUGUGUGAAUCUCUCAAGAGAAGCAUAUACAGAACCGCCCAUCUGACCGUUGGAAUUGCCGUCUGUGGUGCUGAGGAAAUGAAAUGCAGCAUAUGUCAGGAAGAAUAUGUUGGCGAAGAUGAAGUAGGCCGGUUGCCAUGCGAGCAUCUCUACCAUGCCACAUGCAUUGAGCAGUGGCUUCGGCAGAAGAACUGGUGCCCCGUCUGCAAGUCAUCUGCCCUGCCAUCGCACAAAACUGGCUGAAAUCUCUUGAUGUUUAUGUUCUCUGUGCAUACAAACAUAACAUUUUCCUUGUAAUAAAAACCUUGCAUUCCUUCUUUAUGUCUUUUCCAUUCCA